AUGUCUGGUUACGCCGUUCUAACAGGCCAGUGGAAAUACAGCAUUGAUGUCGUAGUGAAUGUCUCUGAUGCACAAACCUUUGAGCUGAUUCGCUCGUCCUUGAAUGCUACUGAUCUUCCCGCACAAAUCGAUAACCAAACGGAGAUCUCGGACAUUAGUACCACAACCGUGUGUUCGUCAACUGACUCUGGUUUCCAGUGCAGAUGUGAGGAACAGUUUGCUUGGCCGUACAGCACCUGUGUCACAUACGGUGCCUGCGAACGCACGUGGAGCACCAUUUGUAAAUGCAUCAAUGCUAUUCCACCAGGCAACCAGUCCUGUCAGCCGAUACCAGCGCUGCUAACUCAGGUUGAGUACGACGUGGAGGUGGAGCUUAACGUGACAGAUGUUGCGACAGUGGACUACCUCAGGAGCCUGUUGAAAAACAACAGCUUCUCCUUCGCCCUGGGUCCCAUUGUGAAUGUCACAAACAUCGACAUCAACACAGUUUGUUACCUAAAUGGCAGCAACUCCCAGUGCAAAUGUGAGGACCAGUACGUCUGGUCUUCUACGGACUGUGCUACAAACGGAGCCUGUGAUGAGAUCACUAAUGACACGUGCAGCUGUAUCAACAGUAUUCCAUCCAAUGGGCAGUACUGCCAGCCAAAGACAGUUGUUUAUACAUACCUCAUAUCUGUUGAGUUGAACAUCUCAGAUGUUGGACUAAUAAAUCCACUGAGGACCAUUCUGAGCAACAUCAGUUACCCCAUCAGCAUCAACCAUAUGCUAAUCUCUGAUGUCAACAUUUCUACAGUUUGCUCUCCGAGAAGCAGUGGUUACCAGUGCAGAUGUGAGGAUCAGUAUCGUUGGUCAUGUGACCACUGUUUCAUGUAUGGAUCCUGUGACAACAUCACCUCCAACACAUGUGGAUGCAUCAAUGCCAUCCCUGCUGAUGGACAGCAUUUUUGCUCUCCGAGCAGCAGUGGUUACAAGUGCAGAUGUGAGGAUCAGUAUGGUUGGUCAUGUGACCAGUGUUUCAUUUAUGGAUCCUGUGACAUCACCUCCAACACAUGCGGCUGCAUCAAUGCCAUCCCUGCUGAUGGAAAGCAUUGUCAGCCACUGACAGAAACAGUUUUCAAAAUCGAAAUGUCAAUGAGAUUAGACAUGGUUUACACAUCAGAAUUAAGUGAUACAUCAAGUACCGUCUACAAAGAUUUGAAGUCAAAGAUCGAUAAAGUGAUAGUUGAGCAGUUUAAAGGAAUACCAGGAUAUAGAGGAGGUUUUGUGACAGUAUUCAGCAAAGGAAGCAUUAUUACAAAAUUUGUUGUACAGACGACACAAGUUGACUUUGAUCAAAUCUUGGUUGAAAAUCAAAACUUCCGUAAGGCAAUAAAUAGUGGGAUUGCUCCUGUCAUUGGCGCGGUUUCUGCAUUUUACCAAAGUUCAACUUCGAUCAGCAUUCCAGAGCUCACUUACACUGGUGCCAGCCUGUCCCUGAAGUGUGAGCCUCCAGAAAGCUUUAGCGUGGGACUAAUUUCCAGUUCCAGAUGGACAUUUAAUGGACGGGAAAUUAAACAUGGUGGAAGGUUUAAUAUAAUCACUACCAAUUCUAUGUCUAUGCUUGAAGUUAAAGACGUCAUUCCUGGUGAUAGUGGACCUUACAGUUGUACUCUGAGCAAAAACGACCUGGAAUUCCAGCAAAAAGGAUUUGUAACGGAAAGCAAAAUCAAAGAAGCUCCUGUAGUGCGUCUCAAGAGUGAAUUUCAUGUAAAAUGCUUAACUGGAAAGAUACAACCACUCAAGUGUUGUGUGCAACGUCCCUACAAAAUCAAGUGGUUUCAAGGCAAAGACCCAUUGAGCUCAGUUCCUAUUACCGAUGAAGACACCAACUGCAUCAAGCAUGAUUACAAAUUAGAAAGCUGCAGAGGAUCAGGGGAAGAUCAAGUCAUUUUUACAUGCAGGGUAGAAAACCCAUCAAGUUAUGAAAUGAAAUCGACAAUGACGAUCUUCAAAGAGAAUUUCAGAUGCAAUGACGCUCAGUAUGGGACCGGCCGAGUAGGAGACCGAUCAAGCAAUGAGUGUGAUAAAGGUCAAGUAGGGAAAAGGCUGGCGGAAUGUCAGGAAACCGGCGAGUGGAAACUGGUCGUAGACACCUGCAUUGUAAUAGCAAUCAAUCAAUUACUGACUGAGUCACAGACUUUGGUUGUGGAGGGAGUGACAACAUUUGUAGGAAAUCUAAGUAAAGCUGUCCAGAAAGAAAGACAGGACAUUGAAAAUUCAACUGCAACCAUAUCAGCUAUCGUUGACAUCCUAAACACUGUUGCAAAUGUUUCAACUACUGUCGAUGAAACCAUAAUGCAGAAUAUCCUAGAGACUGUUGAUGUCAUCAUAGGUGAAGAAUCAAGAGAGUCGUGGGUAAUUUUGAAUGCAAAUGAAACCAGCAAUUCCAGCUCGACACUAUUGGGUUCGUUGGAGAGCCUCUCCAGUGAUUUGGACGGAGAGUUUUCCGUGAGGACUCCACGGAUCCUGCUUAACAGAACCACAUUUGAUGACACCUUCAUGGCAGACCUCAACUCCAGCAUCGUCCUAAACAUUACAAAAAACAGCAUGAGCAAUGUUUUUAUUACCACCAUCCUCCUCUCAACCCUUAAUAUUGUUAUGCCGACCCGAAACUCAACCUUUAACGUCAGCCCCUUCAAUACCACCAGUAAUGAAACUGCCAGUGAUAAUGCCAUCAAUGCAGCCGUGUUGCUUGUCAAAAUAAAUGCCAAAGUUCAGAAUGUCUUUCUGAGCUACGACAAGCUGAACAGCUCCUUGACAAUGAACCCGCAGUGCGUCUUCUGGAACUUCACACUUUUUGAUAAUAUUGGUGCUUGGGAUGAUGAGGGAUGUAAGUUUGUUUCCGACAUAAACAACAUAGUAACCUGCAGCUGUAACCACCUCACCUCCUUCUCAAUUCUGAUGGCAACGGACAUCCCUCCAUCUCUAAGAGAAGCCUUGGAUAUAAUCACUUAUGUUGGAGUUGGAAUAUCUCUGGCAAGCUUGGUUAUAUGUCUAGUUAUUGAAGGGUACGUUUGGAAAGCCAUUACCAGGAAUAGCACUGCCUUCAUGCGUCACGUUUCCAUCGUAAAUACCGCCCUGUCUCUGUUGAUCGCUGAUAUCUGUUUCAUCAUUGGUGCCUCUAUAGCAAACAAUCCCCUUGAAAACCCAGGGGGGGACUACGAACUUCCUCUUGGACCAUGUAGCACUGCAACAUUUUUUAUGCACUUUUUCUACCUUGCUCUAUUCUUUUGGAUGCUCGUGUCAGGCCUUUUGCUCUUUUACAGGACGGUCAUGGUCUUCUCGUACAUGUCCAAGUCAAUCAUGUUGGCCUUUGGUUUCUGUUUAGGAUACGGCUGUCCUCUGAUUAUAGCUGUUAUUACUGUUGCUGUCACAGCACCGGGGAAUGGAUACAUCAGGAAAUCCGAGGCUUGUUGGCUGAACUGGUUUGAGACAAAAGCCCUCCUGGCCAUGGUGAUACCAGCCUUGACCAUAGUUUUCAUCAAUAUUUUAAUUGUAAUUGUGGUCUUAUACAAAAUGCUGAAAAGGGGUGUGGGAGAUGCUGGACAAUCAGAUGAAAAACACACACUGGUGGUCAUCACAAGAUGUCUGGUCAUUUUGACUCCUUUAUUUGGAUUGACCUGGGGUUUGGGUGUGGGAACCAUGGUGUCAUCAACAAAUAAAGCAAUCCAUAUUGCCUUUGCAUUCUUCAAUUCACUACAGGGUUUCUUCAUUUUAUUGUUUGGGGUACUACUCGAUUCAAAGACUCGUUCUCUCCUCGGAAGGAAAUCACCUCGAACAAGCACUGGCUCUAAUUCUACGAGGAGUACAGGUGCUGGCAAUUCCUCCUUGAGUGGAAGUAAUUUCAUAGGCAGACUACUUGGAAGAAGAUAUGUCUACCACGUUUCACAAGCUACAAAUCCAAACAGCAGUGGUGCAACAGAGUCAUUUAGUAAUAUAUGA